CCCACACGCCCUUGCUGUCAUCGCGUGCGCUUCAAUCCUCCGCGGCUUCCGUAAGCUGUCGUGGCGCUUGUGGAGUGCGAAGGCGAAAGUACAGCGGCUCAAAAUAGGAGGAUAAGCAAAUAUUUGUUACAUUACUUUCAGACUGCAGUGGUCGUAUAUCAUAUAAAGGUCUCCGGCUGAUAAUGAGGCGCGCAGGUUUGGGUGAGGGGGGCCCUCCUGGCAAUUACGUUGCAAGUGGAUACAGUGUGUAUGAGGAGGAGAACGAACAUCUACAGGAGGGACUGAAAGCUAAAGUACAUGCACUUAAACAUCUUUCAAUUGACAUUGGAAAUGAAGUCAAGUACCAGAAUAAAAUGUUAGGAGAAAUGGACUCGGACUUUGACUCAACUGGAGGUCUGUUGGGAGCCACCAUUGGUAGAUUGAAGCUCCUCUCCAGGGGAAGCCAAACCAAGGUGUACUGCUACAUGCUGCUGUUUGCCCUGUUUGUGUUUAUUGUCCUGUACUGGGUGAUCAGACUGAGGUGAUCGUAGGACUGAUGAGACACUUCAGGACCUUUCGUUUGUGCCAUGCUCAUUUGGGGUAGAGGGUCAGAAUUCUCAGAGAGAUGACGAGGACUGAGGUUAUUAAGGAGUGCGAGAGUGCUUUCUUUCCACUGGACAAGAAGUUGAACCAUUGAUUGACAAUGUGCAAUAUGAGACAAAAAUCUGUCUUAACCCACCCUUAGUGUCCCUCGAGGGGAAGGGAUAGUGCUAGUUGUCUAAUACUGGUCACAAAAAUAUUUUAAAGAUUAACAUGCAUCUUUCCUUCUUUUUUCAGAAAUGAUAAUGACCUUUGUUUAAUGGUAUUAUUCUUUUAGGAGAACUUCAGUGCUAUAAAUGUGUGCUAAUUUAUAUCUUCUGUUAAUGAUACAGAUAAAUACAUUUAAAAGGGUGGCACAAAACAGCUCAGUAGUCCUACAAUCAUAUCGAUGAAAAUUCAGGUUAUGCCCAGCUGGAUGUGGUGCAAACAAAAUAACAGAUUAUUUUUCCUUUGUUUUACUGUGCAAGUCUGCACAACAUCCUUGAAAGAGUUGCCACAAAAUUGUGUGAAUACAGUGUUCAAAGGGCUGAUCUUCAGACUGUGAAAACCUUACUGGGAUACAUGAGUUUUUGUGCAAUGCAGGUGUACAAUAAUAACCAUAUCAAAAACAACCCCGGAAUUCUGUGUACUUCAGAAAUGUUUUAAGUAAUUUUGAAGUUCUUGUCCAAUCUCUUUUGCUCUCUGGGUUUAAAAUAAUGCAUGGUUAAUUUCAGUUUUUUUUUUAGGAACUAAUUUGUAAAUAAAUGUCAUUUUUGAGAGAAUUAUUACAUAAAUUCCUUUAUGUUGUCAA